AUGCCUCAGCAAAAAGCGAUCCAUUACACCAAGCCCGGCAAGGCCUCCGAAGUCCUCGCUCUUACCACCAUCGAUAUACCAAAAGUCGAAGCGAACGAUCUUUUAGUGAAGCUCAAGGCAUGUGCUGUCAAUCCCGUCGACACCAAGAUCAGGGAGGGGAAAUUUCCAGCUUCAGACGUAAUGGGAUAUGAUGCUGCUGGUAUAGUGGAAGAGGUGGGAAGUAGUGUUAAGGAUUUCAAGAAGGGUGAUGAGGUGUACUACUCCGGUGCAAUGGGCAGACGAGGUAGUACGGCACAGUAUGGAGUGAUCGGGUACCGCAUGGCUGGCCAUCGGCCGAAGAAGUUCGAUUGGGUGGAAAGUGCUUGCCUGCCACUAGUUACUGUCACGGCAUGGGAGCUUCUCGAAGAACACUUCAAUCUGCCACAGGAUGACCCGACCGGAAAGCAGAAAGACAAGUGA